UGUAACCAAUCGUGUUUAUAUGAUUUGCACUCUCUUCAAUUUAGAUAAAUUGCGUUGGGUGUUGGGAAAUCCGGAAAAAUGGACAAUUUUGGUUACAUUCCUGAAGCCAUGAUUAUCAAUAUCUUGUUAAGGUUGCCCGUGAAAACUCUGUUGCGAUUCAAGUGCGUUUGCAAAUCAUGGUGUUCUAUCAUUACAAGCUGCAGUUUUAUUUAUGAGCAUUUGGAUAUGGCACUUGCAGACAGUAGAAAAGCUCGUCUUCUCGUCAUGCAGUAUUAUCCAGAAACCAGCGACUUCUUCUUGUUCACUAAGGACCAACUAACGACACCAACACAUUUAACAAUUCAUACAAAGCUUCCUCCUUAUUUAAGAAUUAUGGGACCCUGCCAUGGUCUGUUAUGUCUUUCAAAUGACGACAAUUCAGAGUUAUGCCUGUGGAAUCCAGCAACUAGAGAAAUCAAAUAUAUACCAGAAUCCCCAAUUCCUAUUCCAAGCGAAGUUGAUGAGUAUGAAUUUGCUGAAUUCGGGUUUGGUUUUGACUGUAAGACUAGAGAUUAUAAGGUGGUCAAAUUGCUUAGGGAUCAUUAUGAUGAUAGAGAGCAUCGAAACAAUGUCUAUCAAGUUGAAAUAUACUCCUUGAGCACAAAUUCUUGGAGAAAAAUUGACGUUAAUGUGCCAGCUCACUCUCUUGUGAGGAAUUAUGCAAUGGCCUACAUGAAUGGAACUUAUUAUUGGUGGGCGGGGACAUUCAUUCUUUGUUUUGACAUGAGCAACGAGCAAUUUGGGAUGAUUCACUUGCCUAAAGUAGAUUUUCCACUUAACGAAGAAGCGAAAUACAACUGUUUCACUGAAUAUAAUGGGUCGUUGGCGGUGAUUUUUUGUUUUCGAAAUGAAAAUGACACAUGGUCUGAACUGUGGUCGAUGAAUGGACAUGGCAUGACAGUUAAUUGGACCAAGCAAUUUUCGAUUGGAUGGUUAGAAGGAUGGUGGAGGCCAAUAGGGAGUUAUAAGAAUAAUAGAAUUCUUUUCGUAAGUGGAUACCUUGGGGGGAACGAUAUGAUAAUCCCUUAUGAUCACGAAGCAAGAAGUUUGCUAAUUGCUCUUCCAAUUAACCCUGAGUUAUUGGACAGUACCUGUUCAGAAACAGUUGUUGCAUAUUACACUGAAAGCUUAGUUUCCCUGGGAGAUGGAUGAAAAUGAAUCUAGGCAAGCUCCAAACUUCCAAGGUAGUGUAAUUUCAAUAUUAUCAAGUAUUUAUAGUGGUCAAUAAUCAUCAGUAUAUUUUGCUACUUUUCGAAGCUU